ACACAACUGAAGAGGAUUUCAAGUAGAAGAACUUAAAGUUAGGUGAGUCUCUAAAUUAAAAACAGUCUGGAAUCAAACUACAGAAAUGGCUGAGAAGCUUUUUCAAAAUUUCCUGAGCUGCCAUGUGUGUUCAGAGACUUUCAAAGACCCCGUGUCUCUGAGCUGCAACCACAACUUCUGUUCAAGCUGCCUGCAGAAAUUCUGGGAACAAGCUGGAAACAAAAACUGUCCUAUUUGUAAAAGAAAAUUCUCAAAAGACAAACCUGACGUGAAUUUUAGCCUGAAGGAACUGGCUGACUCAUUUGCCAAGAGACAGAGUCAGAGUUCAGCUGUGACUGAUGAAGAAAAGGAGAUAAAGGAGGAGGAAGUGGUGUGUGUUCAACACUCAGAAGUGCCUUAUUGGUUCUGUGAGGAUGAGCAGAAAGCUGUGUGUCCCGUCUGUGAGUUUUCUCUCCACCAGAGUCACAAAGUGAUUCCUCUAAAACAAGCAGUCAGUGACUUGAAGGAGCAGCUGGAAUCUGACUUAACGUGUCUGGACGACAAGAGGGACAAAUAUGAACAAGUGGAGACCACUUACAAUAAGAUGAUUCAACACUCCAGGAACCAGCUGCUGUUCACAGAAAACAAGAUCAGAGCAGAGUUCAACAAACUCCGCCAGUUCCUGAAUGGGGAAGAGGAGUCCAGACUGGCAGCUCUGAAGAAGGAAGGGGAGCAGAAAGAGGAGAUUAUCAGCAGAGAGAUGAAGAGGAUUCAGGAGCAGAUCUCCUCUCUGUCAGACAGUAUCUCUGCUGUUCAACAAGAGCUGGAGAAAGACAACGUGCCAUUCCUCAGAAGUUAUAAACCCAUUCAGAUCAGAGCCAGAGCUCAGUGCUCACACUCAGAUCCACAGCUGGUCUCAGGAGUCCUGAUAGAUGUGGCCAAACACCUGGGCAACCUGGCCUUCAGAGUCUGGGAGAAGAUGGAGGAGAAGGUCCACUUCAGUCCUGUCAUUCUGAACCCAAACACUGCAAACCCCUGGCUCUAUCUGUCUGAUGAUCUGAUCAGUGUGAGACAUGGAGACACAGAACAGGAUCUCCCUGACAAUCCAGAGAGAUUCGCUAAUUAUAAUGAAGUUCUUGGAUCUGAGGGCUUCAGCUCAGGGAAACACAGCUGGGAGGUGGAGGUGGGAGAUCAUCCUGAGUGGAUUAUAGGUUUAGCCAAAGAGACAGUUGGCAAGAAUGUAGCUGUAGCCUCACCAGAAAAUGGAUUCUGGUGUUUGAAGCAUGGUGAUGGAGAAUACACUAAUGGUGAUGUUAAGACUGUGACAGUGAAGAAGAGUCUCCAGAGGAUCAGGGUCCAGCUGGACUAUGAGAGUGGACAGGUGUCCUUCUACAACUCUGAAGACCAGACUGAGAUCUACACCCACAGAGACACCUUCACUGAGAAACUUUUCCCAUAUUUUCUUGUCGGAAAUGCUGUUGAUGUCAAAACCACUGACAUCAAAAUCUGUCAAAGGGAGAUUAAUGUCAAUUAAUUCAGAUUUAUUACACACUUAACUGUGUGUUUUUCAUGUACAACAUUGAUAAUACGCAAAAGUUAUUCAGUAUCUGGAGCUGAUGAGUUCAUUGUCACUUUUGAAAGGUUUUAAAAACUAGAUCAUUACAUGAUUUUAAUUCAAUGUCUUGUUGUUACUUAAUGAGAUUAGAAGAAACAACUGUUCAGUUUUAAGAUGUGUAAAGGUCUUUUGUUUUUAACCUGAACAAGACAUUAUGUACAUAAACACAUAUUCUAAUAAUGGUCAACAACAACUUUAGACUGAAUUCAGAACCAGGCCUGAGACCCCAGAGGGAAGAAACCUUGAGCAGAACCUUAAACACAUAUGGAGGAACCCAUCUACCUAAGGCUGGCAGGUAGAGACAGAAAAGGAGAAAUGGGAGGAGGAACAAGAUAAACAUGUGUCAUACAUACAUGUGAGUAAAGAAUGCAUGUAGAAAUGAAUCUUGAUUCAAAUACAAGACAUAGCUGAUGCAUGUUAACAUGAUUGAAUAUAACAGAUGUCAUUCAUUCAGGUAGUGGAUCACUGCAGGUCAUGAAGACUGGACAGGUUGAUGAAUGAGAUGAAUAAUUUCUAACAAGAAAGAAUUUCAUGUUAAUAUAAUGACAGAAGAGCAGUGUUUCAUUCUUAAAGAAAAUGCAGAUUGUAGCAAUUUAUUUAUCACCUGCGUCACAUUGUUUACGUUCAUUCAGUUUUAUUCACAUAAACUUGAAUUUUAAUUGAUUUUUGUUUUUUCUAGAUGGAAUUUUAUGUGUAAAUUUUAUUUUUAUGUUAAGUUAGACACAGUUAAUAUUUCUUAUUAAGGUUUGGUCCAAAUUACAGCCUGAUGAUUGUGUUGAUAAAGAUGUUUCAGUGAUUUUUAUCCAAUAAAAUAUCAGUUAUAGAGACAGAGUCAGUUCACAUAUGAGAAAAUGUUGAUCUUUGUGAAUGUCUGUGAAUUGUGGAUGUCUGUUUCAGUGUCUGUGUGUCUUCAUUCAACAUUUGGAGCUGCUGUUUGUUCCUGUGUCUUCAUUUAACCUUUUCCUGUGAAACAACACUUCAGGAUUUAUUCUACUUAACAGAACAAAGUCAGUGGUUUCAUGUAUAUCUUUGAUGAUCUGUGCCAAUAAAAAGAAAUCGAAGCUACGCCACACAGAGACGGUGAACUUUCUAUUUAAAGUUUUUUUUUUAUUGUUAACACCUUAACACAUGUUCACGUAAGAGAACAGAGCAAUAAUCUGAAGAAGAAUCCGAGAACUAGAGGAUUAAUAUUAUUAUACAGAAGUAAAACCCAAACUGACAAAAAAGAGACAAACUAGAAAGAGUCAGCUGCAGAAAAAUGACCCAAGAAGCCUGGAAACAGAGGGGAAGGGAGGAAAGAGUGAAAGAGAGCCGACACAUAGAAGCUUGCUCAGUGUUUUCAGUGCAGCUCAGCGGCUGGAGAAAGAAGAUGGCAGAAGGUCAGAGCGAACACAGUGGCUACAGAUUCUCUCAGUGACGCUUCGUCUGACUAAACAGCUGGCGGGAAGGCAGCAGAGCUCGCACUGACCCCGAGAGACCAGAGGAGGACACUUUAUGCAGUUUAGAAGCAGAGCUGCACCGCCAGGUACGUUCAAUGAGGAUUUCAGCUUUGAUGGUUUAUCAGCGGCUUCAUUUUGCAGCCCUGAUCAGUUUAAUCUUAGUGGAAGCUGGAGAACCAUGAGUCGACACUAAGGUCAACUGCAUGUGCAGCUACGUUAGAAGCAUCGGCCUGUCAUCCAUGCAUGUAUUUGUGCUUUACUUUUCUGUGACAGCGCCCCCUGCUGGUGCUCAUUCACUCCUUCAACCGCCUUUAAUCUGUCUGCAGGACGCGUCCUCUCAGUUAUGUACAAAAGGCAGCCGCUCUGCACUGACAACACAGAGCCCCCAUAGAAAAGCAUGCGAAAUAAUCAUCAUCAUCAUCAUCAUCACGGUCGACUUCCUCACAGUCAGCCUCAGUACCACAGUCAUUAAUAUAAUAAACUUUAUCAUUAGAAUCAUCUUCAUUAUAUCAUCUGGAGACAAAAAUAGCUAUAUGCACUUAAAAAGCUGAAGAAAAUAGAGAAAGGUGGCGUAUACCAGCAUUCAGUAGAAAAUGAGCCAAAUAAAAGCCAAAUAAAAACACCAAAAAGGGGUAAAAAAUAACAAGUCUCCUGUUGGCUGCCAUGCAAAAGUAAAAUAAAAUAAAAUAAAAAAAUAAGAAAAAGGCCAGCUACGAUGCUAGUUAUUUGCAGGUGUGUAAUACUGUGUACUCCCUCGUUUUAAAUAUGUGCAUCUUAAUAUACUGAUUUCCAAGGCUAUUAACACACUAAGAAGAACAGAAGAACAACACUUUUGUACUGUACAUGCUGCUAUUUCUCCUUUUUUUUUUUUAACAUAAGGGGGUGUGUCUUUUGACCUGUUUAAUACUAGAACAAAGAGAGGUUGAACCGGACAUGAACAUCUUUACAAGAGCAGGACAACGUCUCAGAGGUUCACUAUGGAAAAAAAAAAAAAAAAAAAUUCAUUUGACAAAAAUAUUCCUGUAAAAACAAGAAAAACUAUGAAGCGUUUGGAGGGAUGGUUCACUCACUUCACACAGAGUACAAUCCUCUAUUAAUAUGUGUUUCGAAGUGAUAAAUGUCCCACUCUGGCAGGAUGGUAGUGACCUUAGUGGAAACGAGAUAAGACACCACAAAACGGCCACAGGAGGCGUCGAUCUGAAGUCGCAGAAGAAGCAGAAAAGAAGAAAUUCACACCACGUUGGUCGUUACAAGAAAACACAUGCAGAAUGCAAAUUGGGUGUGCUAUCCUUUUUUUUUCAAAAAAAAAAAAAAAAAUAAUAAUAAUAAAAGUCACGCUUUACAUGGAGCAUUGUCCCUUUGAACAACUACAGACAGUACUUGCACAAGUGCAUGAGUUGUACAAUAGCAAAAAAAAAAAAAAAAAAAAGAAAGAAAAGAAAGCGCACAAUAAAAAUACCCACUAAAAUAAAUAAAUAAAUAUUCAAAAUAAAUAGAAACCUGAGGACUGUUCACCCAAAAACCGACUGCCCGGUCUCUUAACAUCUUGGUCUGACCAACAGGGGGCGAGACAAAUAAAAGGCAGCCAAUGGUGGACGAGCAAAAGUACAGCGGUGCUGAUCGCAAAGUGAACUCCCGCAAAAUCAGUUUUCAGUGCUGCGAUGUCCAUCCGUUCAGUCCUGAUUCAGUCCUGGUUCAGUCCUGGUUCAGUUCUGGUUCAAUCCUGGUUCAACUCUCCACCGCUGGCACAAGCACUUCAUGUCUUAAAAAGCUAAAAACACUUUACCAUAACACAAAAAUCAAAGAGAACAACACGGUAAAAACAAAAA